AGGAUCAUGAUGAGGCAAACUACUGUCAAAAUAAUUCUGUUUCAUGGAGGGCUGAGCUAGAAGGCGACAGCUAUGCUCAGGACAACACACUAGCCGCCACACACCCCUUGAUCCGUUACAAGAGUGACGAGACGGAUGUCAACACUCAGGCUUCACACAUGGGCGAGAGUGACUCCAGUGAUGGUGAAGAGGACAGGGAGGUUUGCCAGACAGGAACAGACACCUGGGGCGAAGGCAAGUCCAAACAGUUUGACACCAUGGAGGAUCUGUAUGAAGAGUCAGAAGGGGAUGUCAUAGAUCAGGAACGUAACAUGGGCUACACUCACCAAGAGGACGUGGAUGCUAGCCAAACAAAGGAGCAUGCUACACAGGAGAACGAUGAGGAGAAUGCUGUAGAUCAGUUGAUUCAGGAGGCGGAAGAUGAGCAAUCCUAUGAGGAACUUACAGAACCUGGAGAGUACUCCAUGGUGUGCUCUGAUGAGGACUAUAAUGAAGAAAGAAUUGAUAGAUUGGUGGAGCAAGAGCUUGAGAACUUAUCUAUAUCCAGUUACAGUGAACACUUUACUGGGCAGAUGAUUGAGAGCGAGUCAGUACUGAGUCUUCAAAUUGAGUCUCACACUGAACUUAACCAGACACAAGACAUAUUAUACAGUGAGGAGGUAGAGCAGAUACACUCAGAGAGACUGAAUCAAUCUGAACAAGAGUAUAUACCCUCAGGCGGAGAGAAACUGAAUCUAAAUGCACAAGAACACAUACCCUCAGAUGGAGAGAAUCUGAAUCAAUCUGAACAAGAGUAUAUACCUUCAGGUGCAGAGAAACUGAAUCAGUCUGAGCAAGAGUGUAUACCUCCAGGUGCAGAGAAACUGAAUCAGUCUGAGCAAGAGUGUAUACCUCCAGGUGCAGAGAAACUGAAUCAGUCUGAGCAAGAGUGUAUUUCCUCAGAGGUUAUGUAUUCGGUGCACUCUAGGAUUCCAAUGACAUCUGAUCACACAUCUCUUAGAGAAGGUUCAGUAGAAAUAUCCAAAGAAGAAUAUUUGGCUCAAGGUAAGGUAUUCAGUGGGGGACUGGGAACUGAAGCUGUACCAGACAAAAUAGAAGGACAGGAUGACCAGAACCUUUAUAUGUCGACUCAUGCAGACUUCACUGAAAGCCAUUCUAUCUACAGCAGUUUAAACAGCAGGCCUGAGAGUCAAACCGACAUGAACAACUUGGAUAUAGAAGAGUCCAACAGCACAGAUGAUGAGUCGCCAAAUGCAAGCCAGUAUUUGCAACCUGUCACCAAAGCAAAUCUAACUGCAGAUCAGGAAGACUUGUUGGAUGUGGCAGUCUCUCACUAUGAGGAUUGCAAUACUCUUAUUAAACAUUCUGCAGAAGAGGUCACUAGCUAUCAGGCAAGUAAUGAAUGUCUUCAGACAGAUGAAUGGGAAGUCUUAGAAAGUCCAAACAAACACCUGGAAUCUGGAGAUCCUUUUGCAGGUCACAAGAGAGACUCCAAAACUGACAGCGAAGGCCGGGACCUCCACAGCUUCCUCAGCUCUGGUGUACACAACAACUUCUGGGGUUCCAAUCUGGAGACAGGAGCCCCCUAUCAACCGGAUGAGCCAUAUGACCAUGUGACCGAGCUACCCAAUCAGAACCUAGCCUUGGCUAACAACCUAUCUUGGGUGGAUUUGGAGAAUCCACAGGCAACUAAUUGGAACACAAAGAUGGACAGUGACACACUUAAAGCUUCCACCCUUGAAGAAGAGGACAAACAGAUGCCCUCACAGGUGAAGCAGCUGGUUUGUAAAGAUGUGGUAGAGGGUGUGAAUGUUACUUCUGAAGGUUCUGAAGAUGGAGACUCCUGGUCAUCUGGGGAAGAAUAAGAACAAUUUCAGCAUGGUUUCUAUAAGGAGUAAAGUAGAAGUAACAAGUGUUACUGAGAGUGUAAAACUAUUUACAUUUUACAGGCUUUGAAUUUGAGCAUUGAUUCACAUAGAUCCUCACAGUGGAAAGUAAAUGAAACGAUAAUUUCAUCCAAACAUGAAUGUACUAUGUCACAGAAUGUCAUGACAAUUCAGUGCUCUCCGGGAUCCUUGGGAUGUCCCUGCCCUAAACCCUAACUAUCACCAUAAUCCUUACCUACACCAUUUAAAAUGUCAACUUCAAUGGGGUAGGGACGUCCCAAGGAUGCGAGAUAGCACAGACCGUCAAAUAUUUAUGCUGUUUUCAAAAACCAAAAAGUUGUGCUUUGGUGCACACCCUGCUGGCACUAACCACCAGUGUACCUACUCAAUUUCAAGACAUUGAGGGCCAUUUUUUAUAAGUUUUACAAAUUGAUGUUUGAAUAGCAUUUGUUUAUUUUGCCUCCCCCCUUUGAAGAACAAAUUAAAAACCAAAGAAAGGACAUUUGAAAGUCAAAGCAUUCCAAACUGCCAUGAAUUGAUAGUUGAUUUGAUUGCACUGAUUGAAGGAAAUCAAUCAGAGCAAAAGUCAGAACCAAGGUAUUUCACUGCACAAGACCUGGGAGCUUGUUUUUUCUAGCAGCAACAUUUUUUAAAAACAUCUUAAGUCCAUUUGAUAAGGACUCCAGCUGUGCCUUCAGAAGGUAUUCAUACCCCCUUGACUUACUCCAUUGAAUAGUGUUAUUUAUGAUUAUCAUUUGAUAUUUCAACUCACACACUACAAGCAGCAAAUCAAAUCAAAUUGUAUUAGUCACAUGCGCUGAAUACAACAGGUGUAGACCCUACAGUGAAAUGCUUACUUACGAGCCCCUAACGACAGUGACUGUUUAAAAAAAUACAGAUAAGAAUAAGAGAUAAAA